UGAUGGCGCGAGUACACGCGACACGAGUUGACUGCGCCUGUGACUGUGACUGUGACUGCGACUGCGACGCGUGCGAAACUCAAUGCAAAACAGUGACUUGAAUUGUAGUGAAACCGCGACAGUAACGAAAGGCCGCCGCCAGCGUUCGCAACGUUCAAAAAGAGUUAAGAGAAAGCAUCACGACGUCGUCGCCCGGGUCAAUAAUGCUGGUGCCGUCGGACAUGAUCGCGGCACAGUCCAAGAUGGUUUAUCAAAUGAACAAAUAUUGCGCGGAUCGAGUGCAGGUGCGCAAGGCGCAGAUACACAAGCAGAUCCAGGAGGUCUGUCGCAUCGUGCAGGACGUGCUCAAGGAGGUGGAGGUGCAGGAGCCGCGCUUCAUCUCGUCCCUGAACGACUACAAUGGCCGCUUCGAGGGCCUGGAAGUGAUCUCACCCACAGAGUUCGAAAUCAUCAUCUACCUCAACCAGAUGGGCGUCCUCAACUUUGUGGACGACGGCACUUUGCCCGGCUGCGCGGUGCUGAAGCUGAGCGACGGACGCAAGCGCUCGAUGUCGCUGUGGGUGGAGUUCAUCACGGCAUCCGGCUAUCUGUCAGCGCGCAAGAUUCGCUCCAGAUUCCAGACGCUGGUGGCACAGGCGUGCGACAAGUGCGCCUAUCGCGACAUUGUCAAAAUGAUCGCCGACACCACCGAGGUGAAGCUGCGGAUCAGGGAGCGGAUCAUUGUCCAAAUUACGCCCGCCUUCAAGUGCGCCGGCCUCUGGCCGAGAUCGGCGUCGCACUGGCCGCUGCCCGGCAUACCCUGGCCGCAUCCCAAUAUUGUUGCAGAGGUUAAGACUGAGGGCUUCGACAUGCUUUCCAAGGAGUGCAUCGCGCUCCAAGGCAAGAACUCCGCCAUGGAGGGCGAUGCCUGGGUGCUCAGCUUUACGGACGCCGAGAAUCGUCUGUUGCAAGGUGCCAGUCGCCGUCGCUGCCUUAGCAUAUUGAAGACUUUACGCGAUCGUCAUCUGGAUCUGCCGGGCAAUCCCGUAACGUCGUAUCAUCUGAAAACGUUGCUGCUCUACGAAUGCGAGAAGCAUCCGAGGGAAAUGGAAUGGGAGGAGAACUGCAUUGCCGAUCGCAUCAAUGGGAUAUUCCUGCAAUUGAUAUCCUGCCUGCAGUGCCGGCGCUGUCCCCACUACUUCCUGCCCAACAUGGAUCUCUUCAAGGGCAAAUCUCCGGGCGCCCUCGAGAACGCCGCGAAGCAGGUCUGGCGCCUGACCCGCAUCAUGCUCACCAACGUGCGCUGCCUGGAGGAGUUGUAGGGAUGCCCAGAUCUUUGUGAGAUGGU